GAGUGACUGACGAAUCAAUUAAGGAGAGAGAGCGAGCCGGGUCUGUGUACACUUGUACCUUGGUCUGUCGACUGUACUUCGGCGUCGCUGUAUCAUAUCAUCUAACGGCAACUACACGUUUUUUCACUAUAGGACAGUGUGAAAACGGCCGCGCGCGCUGUGGCCUGCUUAUCGGCGUUAGCCAUCGAUCGGCCAGCUGUAACACUGUUAAGAAGCUGCUGCUUCCAUUGAUCCGCUGUAGAGAGUCCUUCACCCAGCCACACACAGCCACACAAUCCCCCGUGUUCAUCCUGCUCAACAACCCGCCAAUGCAAUUAUCCGCCGAUUAGCCGUCCUCCUCGAUUCCACGGUAUUCUACUAACCGGUUCGAUCACGUGUCCGCGAUUAACUCCCCUUCCCCCACACUAACGGCACACCCCGCACGAAUUUAGUAUAAUCAUGGACCCGUAUAAGCGCACCGCAGCCGGCUCCUUCACCUCGGCCAGCAAGGCGCCCUACGCCACGCCCAUCAUCCACUUUGCCCCGCCUACUCACCCGCCCACGACUUUUGUAGGGGGUAAUAGCGGGCUCCUGGUUGGCGCCGGCAGCAUCAAGCGCGACGCCAGCAUCUACCGGGAGGCGGCGGGUCGCGGGGGCGCGCCUAGUGCCGUACCGCUGCUGGAGCACUACAACUACAACAUGGACGCCCGACCGCGGCAGGAUUCGCUGGGACUGAACUACGCCCUGGGCGGACGACGGGAGAGCGCCAGCUUCAUGUACGGGAACGCCGUGGGCGGAGCGGUGGCCGGGAUGCUGCCCGGGAAGAGUGUGGACAGCGGGGCGGGACUGGUCAGCGGCAAUCAGUGCCGGUUUCACAAGGCCUGGACGGCGCUGUCCAUCCUGCAGAUGGUCUUCGGAUUCCUGGCGUUGUUCGCCAAUCUUUACACGCACUACCCCAUCUUCUCCUGCGGCUGGUCGCUGGUGGAGGGCGAGGACGCCCUGUGGUUCGGGACGUGGAUCGGCGUGCUGAACAUCGUCUGCGGCGCCUGCGGCUCAGCGGCCAGUAAGUCGGGCCUGCCGUUCACCUGGCACAAACUGCUGCGGCGCUGCUACUUCAUCCUCAACUGCAGCUUCGUCCUCUUCGCCAACGGGAUCGGCGUGGCGGCCAGCGGCAUCACGCUGGCCCGCUACCGGCCCAUCUGCAACCAGUCGGCGCAGGAGCACUUCACCCUGGUCAUGGCCUUCCUCAUCCUCUGCCUCCUCACCGUCGCCGCCCUCCUCAACGUCAUCGGCGUGGUGUACCAGGUGCUGGCCAGUAUCAAGUGCAAAUGCUGGGUCUGUCAUCCGCGCAACCAGAACUACCGCGGAUACAUCCGUACCACGUGACCUUUCCGUGGCGGUGACCUUUAUAUACUUCCGCAACACGUGACCGCGUUCUGUCGCAUAUAGAAAAAAUUACAUGCCGGUAAAUAUCACCGGCCGUUGCUUAUCGCAGUGCGCUGUACAUGUAAUAGCAGUCAAGAAAUAUACAGUAUAAAAAUUAUUACUUAUCUAAUUUUACAUUGUUCUUUAAUUUGGCGAUUUAACAUCGUGUGGCCAAUUGUUUACACUUGUGAUUUUUCAAAUCAAAGCUUUUUUAUUAGUAUUGUUUUUCGCUGUCUCUACACAGUCCAGAUAAUUCUUUCAAGUUGAUGUAUGUUGUACGUUAUUGUGUUGUUACUUUAUUAGUUUAUCAUGUAUCUCACGCAGGCACUACUGUAGAUACCGUAAAUAGUGUUUUCGUUCGAUUAUUCUCCUCUGUUAGAAUGUUUUCUGCACGAAUAGUUCGACGUACCGUCGUGUUGUUGCGUCGGCCAUUUUACUCAUAAAUCAUGUACACAGA